AUGGUUGUCCUUGCUGCUUCCAUCUGCACCCGAGGGGGCAAGGCUGUCCUAGCCCGCUCCUUUCAUGAGAUGCGACGCUCAAGGCUGGAGACAUUGCUCCUUUCCUUCCCCAAGCUUGCCGACAGCGGCACCCAGCACACCACAGUCGAGCAGGACAAUGUCCGCUUUGUCUACCAGCCAUUGGACGAGCUCUAUAUGGUCCUCAUCACAAACCUGCAGUCCAACAUUCUGCAGGACAUUGACUCCCUCCACCUCUUUGCCCAGGUUGUGACCAGCACUUGCAAGAGCUUGGAGGAGCGGGAGAUCCUCAGGAAUGCCUAUGAGCUUCUCAGUGCUUUUGAUGAAUUGGUCACCCUUGGAUACAGGGACAACCUCACUAUCAGCCAGAUCAGGACCUUCUUGGAGAUGGAGAGCCAUGAGGAGCGCAUCCAGGAGAUCAUUGCCCGGAACAAAGAGCUGGAGGCUACCGAGGAGCGGAAGAGAAAGGCCAAGCAACUCGAAAUGCAACGCAAGGAAUCGGCGAGAAGCGGACGUGCUGGCGGCAUGCCUCGGACUCCAGUCUACCCAACAUAUACCCCUCCUUCGAAGCCAGCCGCUACCGAGUCCUACGACAGUUAUGAGGCCGAGAAGAACAAGUCCAAAUUCACUGCUCCCAAGGGCAAAGGCAUGCAGCUGGGCAAGAAGUCCAAGACAACGGACAUGUUUGAGCGAGUACGUGGAGAUAUGGGCCAGGAAGCCGAGAAUGCGCCCUUGGUCCCGGUAGCCUCUAGCCCGACUGCUGCCGAGCCAGCCGCACCCCGAGCAUCGUCGACACUAGACCGUGACGCCAUCCAUAUUACCAUCAGCGAGUCCAUCAGUGCCAAGCUCACAAGGGAAGGAACCUUGAGCUCGCUCUCCGUCAAUGGAGACCUGAAUCUGCGGGUCUCGGAUCCUUCCAUGACCAAAGUCAAGCUCAGUCUGAGCGCCACCCCAAGCCACGGCGCACAGUUCCGUACACACCCCAACGUAGACCGCAACUUAUUCAACGGGUCCAAGGUCAUCCAGAUGAACAACACGGCCAAGGGAUUCCCCGUGAACAACGCCGUUCCGGUGCUGCGGUGGCGUGCAUCGCCCAAGCCAGACGAUACCAGUGCCCUGCCAAUCAGCUUUACCGUCUGGGUUAAUAGGAGCUCUGACGGCAAUUGCACCUUGACAGUCGAGUACGAGCUGACGGGAGGCGAUGCGCUGAACGAUGUCAGCGUCGUCAUCCCGUAUUCCAGCAACGAACCCACCAUAUCCAGUUUCGAUGCGACGUACGAGGUGUCGGGAGACAGUCUUGAAUGGACAAUAGGCUCCGUGACCGAGGACAACGCGAACGGCGCCUUCGAGUUCGAGGCCCAGGCUGACGACGAAAACGAGUUCUUCCCUAUGCAAGUGCGGUUUUCCAAGACUUCACCGUUCGUGGAUGUCGACAUAAACUCGGUGGCAUUGAUCGAGAUGGACGAGGAAGUGGCCUUCUCUAAGCAUGUCAAGUCUGUAGCGGAUACGUAUUUGAUUGACGAGAGCAAGCUAAGUGACGCUGUUACGGGAGGGCAUCUGGCGUGCAACCCGGCUAUUGACUUGGUUGCCACUGUUGGUGAUGGCAGCUUGAACCUAUGGCGCCCUCGUGGUCAGCAAGUCUCAAGGCUCGUCGAACGCGACCAAAGAGUCGAUGCUCUAAGAUGGAAGGAAGACGGUCUAUUCCUGGCAGCCGGUUGGAGUGAUGGCGUGGUCAGGUUGAUGGGUCUUGAGAAUACCAAGGCCGUCCAUUACAUCCGGUUGUCAGACGCUGGUCCAGCCAGGAUUUCACACAUCGCCUGGUCCCGAAACUACAUCGGAAGGCGGGCGCCAAAGGGUUCCUCGAGGCCAGCCAACUCCUGGGACAAGUUACUGUCUGGCGGACUGGACCUCGAAGAGAACAGAGAUCUCUUGGAUCUGCCCCACGAGCUAACCUUCCUCGAGGUUGAUACGGCUCUGCCCAAGAUUAGCCCUCUGCCCGUGUCAGGCGGCUCGGGCGAUGAUAUGUUUGUUUUUUCGACUAGGACAUCCCUCGACUUUGUGUUUCGCCCCUUAAAGCCCGAGGACACGGAUACGGUGGACGUGAUGCUGGUGGGCACCAAGGAUGGAAACAUCCACUUGAGCAUCUACGACUCGUUUGUUAUCGGCCACUUCCGUCCCGGCCUUCCCGACAACGCCGCCGCCUCGGGGGAGCUGGAGCUCUGCUGCCAUGCCUCCAACCCUGACAUCUCUACCCACUCGCUCCUCCUAAGGCCACAAGGGGAUGCUGACCGGCACGCAGUCUACUUAAUCCCAAUGGAUCUAACUUUCAUACAUUCCUCCUCCGCAAAUCUCUCACUGCUCGCCUCCAAGACAACCACACUACAGAACCUGCUGCGAUACAUCAAGCAGACUCAGGUUCACAUGGUUAGCGAAUGGAAAUCCACCCGAGAAUUGCCCAACCGUUUCCUGCUCGGGGUCCAGGAGGACCUAGAGAAGAUGCCCAAUGGGCCAGUUUCAAUAAUCCAAGCCCUUUACCAUACCGUUGUCACGGGACAUGUAUUUAAACCGGUACAAGAGUGGCUGGUGGAUAGCCUCGCGGAGAGAGGACAUAAGCGGUGGGACAAAGCUGUCGUGUCAGGCCUCGAGAGCCUGCGUUCUCUCGUCCAUGAGAACAUGAUUCCGGCGCUUGAGCGGUCUGCCAUCAUCCUUAGCCGCCUCCUCGGCAUCGCCCGCUUUCACGGGACGAAAGACAACAUUGGGUUUAGUGCUGCACAGAUCACCAAGCUGAUGGAUAUUGUAUCAUGUUUGACCCUCGUAUCUCACAAGAUCCUUCUCCUGGUCAUGGAAGAGCUCCACCUGUUUACGACCUUCUCCUACUGGCUUCGCUACGAGAUCGACAAGCUGGCGUCGCCGUCGACCUCGGAUGAAAUAUCCGAGAAGGAAGCCACUCUGGACAAUGUCAAGGUUCUGACAUAUAUCCAGCAAUACCUUACGACGAGUCCUUUGGCGUUGUAUUUAGAUCAAGUGGAGAGGGAUGUUUACACGGAUGACUGGCAGCACGCAGAGGAUGGGUCGUCACUUCUGGAGAUGCUAGACAAGCAGCUACAGCGGCAAGAGGCUGGUCGACCUUUCAUGAGGGCGCUGCCACAUGUGGAUUUCCUGGUCAAUUAUCUCACCAGCCGAGCCAAUAUUGUCUUCGGCUCCAUCGCCGAAUCCCAGAAACGCAGCGUCCGGCUCGGUCGAGAAACAAGAUUGGAGAUUGGGAAUGACAUUUCCAAGUAUGAUGUACGAAUGUGUACCGAACGAAGGCCAGACCACCUGGACGGGUUAACCUUCACUGCGGUGGCUUCAGAGAAGGCUCAGAGCGAAGUGUUCAUCUUCUGCACGAGCAUUGAAAUUAUCAACGGCAUUAGUAGCGCUGUUUCGACCAGCGUUGCCGGGUUAUCUCUUGCGGGGGGACGGAUGAUUGACUUUAAGUUUCUCAAUGAUUCCUCCCUACUGUUACUGUGGACCGCGCAAAAUUCUUCGCCUGUCCUGUUGAACGUUCCCUUCCAGUCCCUGCCUUAUACAGCUUAUGAGAACAACAGUGUCCCGGAACCGCUGCGGGUAGACGAGAAUGAUAUCAGCCACGUCUUCUCGGCUGCCACGUUCGGGAAACUGCCGGCUUUCACGCCGAUACAGAUGCAGGUCAUAGGAGCCAGCAGUUCCAGGGGCGAGAUGCCUGCGAGGGUCUGCCUGCUGGGACGGGACAGGGCCAUGUAUAAGGUUUUUACACUACCAGAGAAGUGGGAGCCGAGAAUGCAACUGGCAGUGCAGGAGGAUGUUUCGAUGGGAUGA